ACCUGCUCGCCGCCUCUGCUACCUCGUCAACAACCUCGACUGCGCGCCCCGUCCCUCUCGUCCCCAACUCGCACCGCCAUGUUGUCCCUCCUCGCGGCGCUCCCCGCCCUCAUCCCCGUCGCGGCCGCCUACUCGAACUACAACCUCGGCAACCUCCCGCACACGAGCGAGUCCGAGCAGACGGGCUACAACGACUGCGGCACUACCGACAGCCCGUCGUCCAUGUGCCAGACCGCUCACGUCAACAGCGUCACCGACUUCUGCCUAUGGGCUCCUCCGACGCCGGGCGGGACCAUCGGCGACACGGAGCAGAUCGAGGUCGCCUACUGUACCGCCAGUGGACACGGUGCGCGCGUCAUGCCGCAGGGCACGAUCCGGUCGGCGCACUACCUUAAGACGCCGCACUACACGCAGGUGACGGGCACCGGUGACUUUACCAAGAUCAACGUCCAGGGCGGCGACGCCGGUGGAGAGCUCGACCCGCACGGCGCCGACGGCCUCGGCAACCCGCAUGGCGCUCUCGUGUUCAACAACGGCGUGCAGAUUCACGAGUGGACGUCGUUCAUCUCGGACCAGGAGUUCUGCUUCCGCAUCUGCCACGACGCCGACGACGCGUGGCUGUGGUGCCAGCACAUCUACGACAUCCAAGGAUGCGCCUGGAACGAGCCCGGCAACUACAACGGCGGCUUCGACACGUGCGACGGCGACUCGACCGAGUACCCUCCCGGCAUCUACAUGGUCAACGGGCAGCUCUCGACGUACCAGCAGAGCCAGGGCGCGGCACCCACCCCGCACGCGGCGGGCAAGUCGUCCAACUGCCAGGCCGUCGCGACCGUCGGCGGCGCCGCCGCUGCUGCUUCCCCUGCGACGAGCACCUCGGCCCCGGUCGCUAGCUCGUCGGCCAUGCCCGCCUCGUCGACCGCGUCCUCCCUCGCCUCGUCGGCAAGCUCUGUCGUCUCGAGCGCCUCCUCCGACUCGUCGUCGUCGACGUGGACCACCUCGAUGGUCUCGUCGUCGUCGGUCGUGUCGUCGUCGUCCGUCGUCUCGUCCGACUCGUCGUCGGCGAGCAGCAGCUCGCUCUCGUCGUCGAGCACGAGCUCGAGCGCGCCCGUCUCGACCGUCACGGUCACGUCGAGCACGUCCUCGGCAUCGUCGUCUGCGUCGGGCACCGCGACCGUCGCUGGACUCGCGGCGAGCGGGACGUCGGGCGCAGGUCGCGUCGUUCUCGGAGCGGGAGCUUCCCUCUUCGCGGUCGCGGGCGCGAUGGCUCUCUUUGCCUAGAUCCCUCGUUUCGGAAGCCGCGAUGUCUCUAUAGAUACCCCCUCGCCGUCUCUCCCUCUGUCUUUCCGUUGUCCUCCCCCUCCCUGGUUGUCUCCCCUCUCGCCCCGACUGGUCGUCGGCGGCCUAUUUCCCUAUCUCGUCACGCUCGUUACCCUACACUCGCUCUGUCACGCUCUCGCAGCCUGCAAAGACACUAUCUCUCUCGUCUCUCUCUC